ACGACCACGCUCCCAUGUCCAAACGACGACACGUGGCCUCCCAGUCUCGAGACCAAGAGCUACUAGUCCCGCCGCGGCCUCCUCUGCUCAGGUCUCUUCCGCCGCCGUUCGAACAGGCCUCUGCGGCGGCGAGACGGGGCCCCUCAGCCUGCGGACGCCGUCACCCACCCAUCGUCAAGCCAAAGAUCCCAACUUUCCCUCACUGUAAAUGCUUUCUCUUCGCGCCCCUCCGCCGUCGGAGCGCCUCGACACCGUCGCGCGAAGGCCCCCGAUCGCCGCGCCCACCAGGGCGCGAGCAGGAGGUCUCUACUUCUCUUCCGUCUCUUCCGCUAGGCUCGGCAGGAGUUUCGCCGCCGCCGCCGCCUCCGCCACGGACGUCGCUCCCAGGGAAGGGGAGUGGGAGCUGGGCGGCGCGGGGCGCUCUCCGGAGGACCCGGGCGGCCUGCCGGCGGGGCUCCGGCGAAACGCCAUGCCGAGGCACGUCGCGGUGAUAAUGGACGGAAACGCCAGGUGGGCCCGGCGGCGGGGGCUGCCGACGUUGGCGGGGCACGAGGCGGGGGUGAGGUCGCUAAAGGGGCUCAUCGAGCUCUGUUGCCAGUGGGGGAUCGGGGUCCUCACCAUCUUCGCCUUCUCGUCUGAUAAUUGGGUUCGGCCAAAGGCUGAGGUUGAACUUCUGAUGGGAUUGUUCGAAAGAGUGAUUAAAAUAGAGCUGGAGAAUUUUAUGAGGGAAGGAGUUCAAAUAUGCAUGAUUGGAGAUUCCUUGAAGCUUCCCAAGUCAUUGCAAAAAGUAUUUGCGGAUGCAGAGGAGAUGACUAAAAACAACUCCAGACUCCAACUUAUUGUGGCAGUGAGCUACAGCGGGAAGCAUGACAUAGUGCAAGCGUGCAAAACCAUUGCUCGCAAGGUAAAAGAUGGUCAUCUCGAGUUGGAGGAAAUCAGCGAGAGACUAAUAGAACGGGAGCUAGAGACGAGCUGCAGCGAAUUUUCCUGCCCAGAUUUACUGAUUCGCACGAGCGGUGAACUUAGGCUCAGCAACUUCAUGUUGUGGCAGUUAGCCUACGCUGAACUUUUCUUUGUGCAGGCACUCUGGCCUGAUUUCGGGAAAGCAGAGUUUAUAGAAGCCUUGCUUUCUUAUCAGCAGAGGCAGAGACGAUAUGGAGCGCGGAUUUCCUAAUCAUAAGAAGAUUAUCUUCAUAUUCAUAGCCUUGAUGGGGAGAGAUUGAUCCAAUUGAUCCACCCUUCUCAAUCCGUGUCCUCUUGUUUAGGUGGUAAGUUUCAUAUAUCAGGUGAAACUAUCGCCCACCUUACAAAGUCCGAGCAAUUGAUGCAUAGCUUAUUUCAUUGUAGACACGGAUGCAUGUCAUAUAACUUGGAACCCAUCCAAGUUUCUUAAAGUGGAUUUGCCUCGUUAUAUUUCACUAUUAAUAGGAAUAGACCGACUCCGCAGACAUCUGGAAAUACAACCUCUUCAUAUGCUUGUAAGUUGUAGUCAUCAACUGCACAGUUGUAAAAGGCUUGUAGCAAUUUUUUGAGGAAGUAUUGCUUCUGCUUGGUCAAGAAUGUAUGGACUCUUGGCUUAUUGUGCUUUCA